AUGAUCUGGAACACAAAACUAAAGAAGAAACUGUCCCAAAUGGGGAUAGGUCAUGUCACACACCGUCCUUUUUCUCUUGUACUUGCUGAAUAUGGCAACAUCAAUGGUGGUGGAUCCUAAACCCUAAACCCUAAUCCCUUGAAUCAUACCGCAUCUCUUAGACAUAAUCACUCGCUCAACGAAGAUUCUCAUCAACAACAACCUGGUGAUUCAGGAGAUCUCAUGUUUCAUCUGCAAGCAAUCAAGCUUAUGACCGAGUCAUCAAACCAAGUCAAGCCCGUCUCUAACUUUAUGUAUGCCUCUUCGUCUUCUUCUAAUUCAUCUCCUCCAGUAUUUUCCUCAACUUGUUCAACCAUAGCUCAAGAGAGUUCAGAGGUUAACUUCACCUGGUCUGAGUUUCUUUUUGACCAAGAAACCCCAUUCCAUGAAAUUCAAGAGAAUCAUCUUGAUCAAGAACUAGACAACUUUUUCGGUAACGAGUUCGCAGGUAGCAAAGCUAAUAUAGCUAAUACACCAACUCAAGCUCAGAUCGAACUAGAGUACUCUUUGAGCAAUGGGUUUGUUGAAUCCAUUAUAUAUAAAGAAAAAGAGUUGUUCUUAGUACUAUUUUCUAGCUAUUUGGAGCAUCCUUUCUAUUUAUAGUCUAUCUCUCUUCCUCUCCUCAAACUGCUAAAUAAAGAAAUAAUCUAAAGACCCGAAACAAGUGCUUCCUGCAAAUCUUUGAUUUUUUUAAAAAUUAUUAUUACAAAUUAAAUUUAGAAAGGUCUGAUCAUAAACAUGAGUCUCUGACUGUAAGUUAGUCUUUUCAAAAUAGAUUUAUUCAGGGAAACAGAACUAUUUACUUAGCCUCAAGAGUUUUAGUUUAAGAGAUU